UAUGGGACAUAACACUCUAGAUGACACGGCUGCAUACAAUCUUCAUAUGGGCAUGCUACAAGAAGUCGUUGGCAGGGAUGCAGAGAACCAUUUGCUUCAAAGAUACACUAAAAGCUUCCAUGGAUUUUCGGCAAGACUUACAAAAGUGGAGGCACAAAAACUUUCGGAAAUGGAAGGGGUUGUUUCAGUGUUUCCAAGUAGCCAUAGCAAAGUGGCAACGACCACUUCAUGGGACUUUUUAGGGUUCCCACUUGUAGUCAAUAGAUCAACAACCGAAAGUGACAUCAUCAUUGGAGUGUUUGACACCGGAAUCUGGCCCGAGUCACCCAGUUUUUCUGACCUUGGAUACGGUCCUCCGCCUGCAAAAUGGAAAGGCAUUUGCCAAGGAAAUUUCACUUGCAACAACAAAAUAAUAGGGGCAAGAUACUUCAAAGCAAGUGGAAGAUAUGAUCCUAAAGAUAUCCCGUCGCCAAGAGACUCUGAUGGUCAUGGAACCCACACUGCAUCCAUCGCAGCCGGAAACAUAGUGAGGAAUGCAAACCUACUAGGUCUCCGUGCAGGAACAGCCCGGGGGGCUGUGCCCAGGGCUAGGAUUGCAGUCUAUAAAGUGUGUUGGACAAGUGGGUGUUCAGAUGUCGAUAUACUUUCUGCUUUUGAAGCUGCAGUUGCUGAUGGUGUUGAUAUUAUCACUAUAUCAGUGAACCACAAUUAUGCUUCAUGGUUUUUGAGAGAUGCUAUAGCUAUAGGGUCUUUUCAUGCCAUGAAGACUGGGAUACUGACUGUACAAUCUGCUGGGAACGAUGGACCGAGACCACAAACAACCAGCAGUGUUGCUCCAUGGAUUCUUUCAGUGGCUGCUAGCAGUAAAGACCCGGAUUUAGUUACUCCAGUAAGACUUGGCAACGGUGUGGUUGUUAAUGGAGUUUCAGUAAACACAUUUAAACUUGACGGGAUGUAUCCUUUAGUUUAUGCUGGAGAUGUCCCAAAUACAAAAGCAGGUUUCAAUAGCUCGAUAUCAAGGCUUUGCAUCAAAAAUUCAUUGGACAAGAAUCUAGUGAAAGGUAAAAUAAUAUUAUGUGAUGCUAUAUCUACCGGAGAAGCUGAGAUAUUGGCUGGUGCUGUUGGGUCUGUAACAAGAUACCCGGAACCAUUUUUUGAAUCAGUUUGUGCAUAUCCUCUGCCUGUUAGUGUCGUGAACAUCGAUCAAGCAACUUCUAUUCUUCAAUACAUACGAUCAACAAGAAAUGCAACUGCAGUUAUAAUGAAAAGUGAAGAUGUCAAUAAUUCGUCUUCCCCAUAUGUUGCUUCCUUCUCAUCAAGAGGUCCAAAUCCGAUACAUCAAAGCAUCCUUAAGCCGGACAUAACUGCUCCUGGGGUAAGAAUUCUUGCAGCUUGGUCACCUGUGUCUCCGAUUAGCCAGCUGGAAACAGACCGCAGAGAGCUGCCUUUCAAUAUGAUAUCAGGGACCUCAAUGUCUUGCCCACACGUUAGUGGGAUAGCUGCAUAUAUAAAAACCAUGAACCCAACAUGGUCUCCUGCAGCCAUUAAGUCCGCUCUUAUGACAACAGCGUCCCCUGUAAAUGCCCAGAUCAAUACAGACGAGGUAUUUGCAUAUGGAUCUGGCCAGCUUAAUCCAACGAAAUCAAUGAAACCUGGUCUGGUGUACGAUUCUGGUGAGGUCGACUAUGUUAACUUUUUAUGCCAAGAAAGGUAUACCACCCAAGAAGUAAGAAUUAUUACCGGGGAUAACAGUAGUAGUUGCUCCCAGCUGACAGAGCAAACCAUGGAUCUAAACUACCCUACCUUUGUAAUCCCUGCAUUGCGUAGGGAACCCGUUGAUGUGAUUUUAAACAGGACUGUCACAAAUGUUGGUUCUGCAGCAUCUACAUAUCGAGCUUUGAUAACCCAACUACGUGGUAGGAAUUCACGGAUAGUUGUUGAACCAAAUGUGCUUCGGUUUAAAGAAGUUGGGCAGAAAUUGUCGUAUACAUUGUCUGUGCAAGCAACCAUAGGGCCGCUAGACAAUCCAAUUGUUUCUGGGGCUUUGACAUGGGAUGAUGGAGUGCAUCAAGUGAGGAGUCCCGUCAUUGUGCAUGUUCCAUGAUACCUGUCAAUCAGACGUUUGAUUUAGUAAAUGAUAUCUUCCCACAUUAAUCUUAAUCUUGUCUUAUAUCGUGUUGGAUAUGCUAUUUUGUUCAAUUUGUCAGAUAAUCGAUGAAAUGUAAUGAAACAAAUUAAACUAUAAA